GUCACUGCUCCGAAUUUUACUUCCGCAUUCUGCUGCAGCUUGUCGACUUGCAAACUUGGUGAUCGUUCGCACUCCGCAAAUUCUGUUAGAAUGGCUUACCCAGGCUACCCAGGACAGCAAGCUUAUGGCCAGCCAGGUUAUGGUGCGUAUGGAGCGCCGCCAGCGCAGGACCCCAUGUGGGGGUAUUUCUCAGCUGUAGCAGGGCAGGAUGGGCAGAUUGAUCCAAUGGAGUUGCAGCAGUGCCUGACCAACUCUGGUUUCAGUGGGACUUACCAGCCCUUCAGCCUGGAGACCUGUCGUGUAAUGAUAGCCAUGCUGGACCGUGAUUUCAGUGGGAAGAUGGGGUUCAAUGAGUUCAAGGAGCUGUGGGCAGCUCUGAAUGGAUGGCGUACCAUCUACAUGCAGUAUGACAUGGACCGGACUGGCUUCAUCAAUGCUCAGGAACUGGCCACCUGUGUCCAUGGGAUGGGAUACAACCUAAAUCCCCAGACUAUAAACGUGCUGAUGAAGAGGUACAACAAGAACGGGCAGAUCACUUUUGACGACUUUGUUGCCUGCGCUGUGCGUCUCAGGGCCCUCACAGAUGCGUUCCGUCGACGUGACCAGGCCCAGCAGGGAAUGUGUACGUUCCAGUACGAUGAUUUUCUGCAGUGUACUCUGUGUAUCUAAGGAAAAGAGACAACUGCCAAGUCAAGAAGAGAUGCAACGUUUUGCCUCUGUCCACAGCUUGCUAGGUUAAUUAGCUUUAUUAAACUGCUGUAGAAUAAUUAUAUUGUAAGCCAGUGAUGUUCGAUGUUGGUGACUAAUAAGUUUGGAAUGACUCAAUGGUCCUUUUGUGUCACAUGACAAGAAACACAUCACUGAUUGGUGGAGUCAUAUUCAAAAUGUAGUUUGCACAAAUGUGAAGUGAAAUUGAAGGAAACAUACAUGGAAGGUAUUAAUAUCGGCCAGUUUCAGACAAUAAUUAUGGACUUCAACUUAAAAAAUUCUCCCAUGACGGACCGCUUUUGGCGCAAGAAAUUUAUUUCUAACCUUAUUGGUAUCAACAUGAUAUUUAGCCAAGACUAACUUAAUGCAUUUUGGGAUGGCCUACUUUUACAAGAUUUUGGUAGGCAAGUAGGUUUUAAACAUUCAGAAUUCUACAUAUUAUAUCAUGGCAGCUUUGUCACUCCCAUGCCAGGUACAGAUAAAAACUAUCAUAUUAAGUAUUUUUUGUCAGUAUAUCAUUGUGGAGAGUAAAAUACAUGUAGGUGUUACAAGAUUUGUGUUAAGUGUCAAAACUUUUCGACAAUGUGUCCUGGCAACUUCAGAAACAUAUGAGGACACCAAUAUGUAAAACAGUGUCAGUGAGUUAGUGAAGAUACAUAAAAGUUUGUUGGAUGUACACUUUCAGGUUCACCAGAAGUUAAGGUACAAAUGUGCCCAUGCAUAGUAAUAGUAAUCUACUGUUUUAACAUGUGCCCGAACAUGUCUUUCUCUGAAUUUAUCACCAUAUGAUUGUAUUCUUUGUUCUUGACUCUAGUGACUGUAGCUUUUUUAUCAGGAAAUGCAAGGAAGUAUCUUAUGUAGGUCUAUGAAAUAUAGUAUUGUCAUAUAGUUGGUUGAUUACAUAGCCCUAUGUUUGUCUUCUUAUUAAGCUUUGUAGUGGACAUUAGAAUAAAACUCCAAGCAGAUCUGGGAUUCUGCUUAUGUCUUACUAAGUGUAACCCUGCAUCUGCUUGGAGAUCAAAACAAGACAGCAUCUAGGAUACUGGAUUGUUGUUUUCUACCAUGAACACAUCUUUGAUGAAAAUUUUGGCACAGGAAGAUUGCAUUAAAAUGGAAGAAGAUGAAGGCUUACAGUUCACUGGGUGAUAUUGAAGAGACAACAGUUAUGUAGACAUUGUACUUUUAGCCAAUGGUAGCUGGUGUUACAUUGCAAGUUGUUGAAAGCUAGACUUUGGUCCCUACCUGUGGAAUCAUGAAUGUAAUUGGCUGAUUUCUUGGUUGGAUUCUUGUCAAAAUCAUUGCAACUUGCUUCACUGGAUACAGGAAACUACACAGAUUAGGUUAAUAAAGUGGAGUCCAUCAUGGA